UGUUGUCGGCAUGGGGUGAGAGUUUGUCCCAUGUAAGUUCGGAAGUCUCUACGUAAUCAGUCUCUCUGAAGCGUGUGAUCAUGUUUCAAUGGUUCAUGCACCUCGACCUCACAUCAUCACUGCAGUCAAGUCGUUGCAAUGUAUCGCGAAUGGGAGUCGACGGUAAAUUUGGAUUAUCUAAAAUGUCUACACACCGCUCAACUUCUGGAUCUCUUGGAGGACGACGAGACGAUACGCGACACUGUCAGAGUCAAUUCAAAGUCACGGGGUCUUCAGAGAUCCAAAAUAAUGUUACAGGCAUCGAACUCUCGGCUUGCAGAACAGAAUUUUAUAUAUCAGCCAUAUCUGACCAAAACAAAACUACUUUUGGCUGAAAAACAUCGCGAUCUCGGUGAGCUUGUCUCAUCUGUUCGACGCAGACAGAGAAAGCUGGAGACUUUACAGCAGAGAUUCAACCUUCGAGUGAUUCAUUCAUCACUUAAAGAGAAGAUCGAUUUUUCCCUGAGAGAGUCAAAGAAUAUUUGGCAAAGAUUUGUAGAGGGAAAACUGCUGCCGACUGAUUUUGUUGAAUCACUUCAAAACACACGAAAAUUAUACCACACACGUCUGGUUCAGGUUGAGAAGAUCCAGAAUCUCAUCAGACAAACACAGAUUUACGAAAAAGAUAUUGGACAUUAUCUAACCGUCCUGCAAACACCAACCAAUAUCACUAUUUGCAGUGGCAUCUCUCCUGUUAUCUUUCUGCCCGAUCUUCAUUUACAGACAUCAUAUCUGACUCCUCUCCAGCAGCAUGGCUGUGUUGAUUCCUGUUUGAUGUCCCACAAUGAACUGCUUCAUAAACAAGGUCAUUGUAAGUGCAGAGAGAGUCAUAAAUGGCCACAAAGACAUUUUCAUUUACAGCCACUUGAGAUUUACAAGCCCAAGACUUCAAAGUAA